GAUAGAUUUUCAACGUGACCAAUGUAACAACUGUCAACUGGCUCCAAGACAAACUCUGCAGAAGGACGCAGCUCUGUGAACGAUGGGGCUGUUGUCUUUAGGCAUCGGGCCCCUUCGGAACCGAGCCGGGACCGUCCGAACCUGGAGCCGAGACUUCUCUACUAUUUCUACAACACACAGCCGUGCAGCUGCAGCUUUGAAGGUGUCCUGUAGCAAGACGAAAUAUGGAGGAGUUUACCAACUUGGUAUUCCCCUCACUAGGUCACUCAGUGCAGACAAAAAACCAAGAGGUUUUGAAAAAUUCUUCCCAAAGAGUCAAGAAAUCAACAAAUCUGCUGAAAAAGAACAGGUAAACGAUCAAGAGUCAUUUGAAACAAAAAAUGAAGAUGACGAUGGAAACCAAAACAACCAUAAAGAAAGAAAAAAGAAACAGUCGCAUUGGAGGACACGUUUCCAGGAGGAGUGGUCCGUUAAUGACAAAAUAAUAAUAAAUGUUGCCUUUGCUGCUGCUGGAAUUUCUUCUGCUGUAUUGUACUUUCACUUCCAUGAGACGGGGGUCCAUGUUUCCUGGAAGGACUUUGUGGAACAUUACUUGUGCAAAGGCUUGGUGGAUCACCUGGAGGUUGUUAACAAACAGUAUGUCAGAGUUAUUCCUGUCAGUGGAGUAGACACUUCACAAGUGAAUUACUUGUGGUUCAACAUUGGCAGUGUGGAGUCCUUCGAACAUAAUUUGAAGACGACGCAGCAGGAAACAGAUUUACAGUGCACUAAAGUUCCUGUGAUCUAUUGCAGUGAAACUGAUGGGACCAUUCUGUUAAACCUCCUCUCCCCUUUAAUAUUGAUUGCGUUUUUACUUUUUGCCACACGCCAUGGUCCUCUGUCAGGACGGAGCCUUGGUGGACAAGGCAGGAAUGUCUUUGACAUGAGUGAAUCCAAAGCAAAAUUAUUAAAACACAAUGUUGGAGUGAAGUUCAAAGAUGUGGCUGGGUGCGAUGAAGCUAAACUGGAAAUUAUGGAGUUUGUUAAUUACUUGAAGAACCCAAAGAAAUACAGAGACCUAGGAGCCAAAAUCCCAAAGGGCGCUCUGUUAUGGGGACCUCCUGGGACAGGGAAGACACUGUUAGCCAAAGCAACUGCAGGAGAAGCUGAUGUCCCAUUUAUUACUGUGAAUGGCUCUGAAUUCCAGGAAAUGUUUGUUGGUGUGGGCUCUGCCAGAGUGAGGGAUAUGUUUGCCGUGGCACGGAGACAUGCCCCUUGUAUCCUGUUCAUUGAUGAGAUUGAUGCUCUGGGUAGAAAGAGAGGAAAUGGCAACUUUAGCUUCUCCAGUGAACAGGAGAACACACUCAACCAGCUACUUGUAGAGAUGGAUGGUUUUAAUAGCAACACAAACAUGAUAGUUUUAGCUGGAACCAAUCGAGCUGAUAUCCUCGAUCCAGCUUUGACGAGACCUGGACGGUUUGAUCGGCACAUAUACCUAGGGCCACCAGAUAUAAAAGGCAGAGCAUCUAUUUUCAAGGUGCAUCUAAAACAGCUGAAGUUGGACUGUAGUAUAAAACUUGAACCUUUAGCGCAAAAACUUGCUGGACUAACCCCAGGAUUCACUGGGGCUGAUAUUGCUAAUGUUUGCAAUGAAGCUGCUUUGAUUGCAGCGCGUCAUCUCAAUGUACAUGUUGACACUAAGCACUUUGAACAGGCAGUGGAAAGAAUAAUUGGAGGUCUCGAAAAAAAGUCCCACAUUCUGCAGCUUGCAGAGAGGACCAUAGUUGCAUAUCAUGAGGCUGGGCAUGCGGUCACUGGUUGGUUUUUAGAGCAUGCAGACCCUCUUCUGAAGGUGUCCAUUGUCCCCAGGGGCAAAGGCUUAGGUUAUGCUCAGUAUUUACCUAAAGAACAGUAUUUGUUCAGUCAAGAACAACUGUUCGACCGAAUGUGCAUGACUUUAGGAGGUCGAGUAGCCGAGGAGGUUUUCUUCAGGCGCAUCACCACUGGGGCUCAGGAUGACCUCAGAAAGGUCACGCAGUCCGCUUAUGCACAGAUUGUACAACUGGGAAUGAGUGAGGCCAUUGGUCCGAUGUCUUUUGACCCCUCUCAGCUUGAAAAUAUUUUUACAGAGAAGCCUUUCAGUGAGCACACAGCCCAACUCAUAGACCAGGAGGUCCGUGUACUAGUAGCUGCUGCCUACCAGCGCACACUGAAGCUUGUUACUGAAAAGAAACAAGCUGUCAGCAUGGUGGCUAAACGUCUUCUUGAAAAAGAAACAUUGCAAAAAUCUGACAUGGUUGAGCUGUUGGGACCCCGUCCAUUUAAAGAAUCCUCCAUGUACGAAGAGUUAUUAGAGGACAAGGGAGAAGAUGAAGUGGACACACUAUCGCCUGUUAGUUUAAAAAAUUGUAAUAAAGACAGAAAGGACAGACCACAUUUGUGAUGUGACUGAAGGUGGACACACUAGUGUCUUGUUCAGGGUGUGGUGAAUAUAAAGACCGCUCAACCUGGUCUGUGAUUUAUCUGAUCUAUACUGAUAACCAAUGCGGAAUGGUUUGACAGGUAAGAAUUACCUUGAAUUGUGCAAUUUAAGAUUUUACCUUUAUCUAUACAUACUCUUUUGCACAUCUGCCAAAGACCUUUUUGAUAGUACCUUUGAAAAUGUAUUUGAUAUGAAGACAUGUUGAAAGCUACUUUUUACAUCAAAUUGUUCCAACCAGAAAAUUGGAAGAUUCCAGAUGCCUAAAGUAAGUAUCUCUAAGAUACACAUGUUCUUAUCAUAGUUUGGAGUAUAAGGGUUUUUACUGUAAGAUAUGGUGACUCUUUUGUGUUAUAAAUUAAAUCACACACUUUUUGAAGAUGUUUAUUUACCCUUCACUUUUUCCAGUGUAGAUCUAUAUUGCAUAUCAGCCUUAUGAAUUAUUGGCAUUGAUGAUUAAACUUAAUUGCAAAUGUUGGCACUUAAUUUUAGUUUUUUGGCAUUC